CCUGCAGGCUGCUCACAUCUCAUUCCUGGUUUUAUUCCCCACCCACCCCUUCUCAGGGUGUGCUGAACUUUGUGCAGUACAAGUUUAGUCACCUGGCUCCCCGGGAGCGGCAGACGAUGUUCGAGCUCUCAAAGAUGUUCUUGCUCUGCCUUAACUACUGGAAGCUUGAGACACCUGCCCAGUUUCGGCAGAGGUCUCAGGCUGAAGAUGUGGCUACCUACAAGGUCAAUUACACCAGAUGGCUCUGUUACUGCCACGUGCCCCAGAGCUGUGAUAGUCUCCCCCGCUACGAAACCACUCAUGUCUUUGGGCGAAGCCUUCUCCGGUCCAUUUUCACCGUUACCCGCCGGCAGCUGCUGGAAAAGUUCCGAGUGGAGAAGGACAAAUUGGUGCCCGAGAAGAGGACCCUCAUCCUCACUCACUUCCCCAAAUUCCUGUCCAUGCUGGAGGAGGAGAUCUAUGGGGCAAACUCUCCAAUCUGGGAGUCAGGCUUCACCAUGCCACCCUCAGAGGGGACACAGCUGGUGCCCCGGCCAGCUUCGGUCAGUGCAGCAGUUGUUCCCAGCACCCCCAUCUUCAGCCCCAGCAUGGGCGGAGGCAGCAACAGCUCCCUGAGUCUGGAUUCUGCAGGGGCCGAGCCUAUGCCAGGCGAGAAGAGGAAGCUCCCGGAGAACCUGACCCUGGAGGAUGCCAAGAGGCUCCGUGUGAUGGGCGACAUCCCCAUGGAGCUAGUCAAUGAGGUCAUGCUGACCAUCACUGACCCUGCUGCCAUGCUGGGGCCUGAGACAAGCCUGCUUUCGGCCAAUGCGGCCCGGGAUGAGACAGCCCGCCUGGAGGAGCGCCGUGGCAUCAUUGAGUUCCACGUCAUCGGCAACUCGCUGACGCCCAAGGCCAACCGGCGGGUGUUGCUGUGGCUCGUGGGGCUGCAGAAUGUCUUUUCCCACCAGCUGCCACGCAUGCCUAAGGAGUAUAUCGCCCGCCUCGUCUUUGACCCGAAGCACAAGACUCUGGCCUUGAUCAAGGAUGGGCGGGUCAUCGGUGGCAUCUGCUUCCGCAUGUUUCCCACCCAGGGCUUCACGGAGAUUGUCUUCUGUGCUGUCACCUCGAAUGAGCAGGUCAAGGGUUAUGGGACCCACCUGAUGAACCACCUGAAGGAGUAUCAUAUCAAGCACAACAUUCUCUACUUCCUCACCUACGCGGACGAGUAUGCCAUCGGCUACUUCAAAAAGCAGGGUUUCUCCAAGGACAUCAAGGUGCCCAAAAGCCGAUACCUGGGCUACAUCAAGGACUACGAGGGAGCGACACUGAUGGAGUGUGAGCUGAAUCCCCGCAUCCCCUACACAGAGCUGUCCCACAUCAUCAAGAAGCAGAAAGAGAUCAUCAAGAAGCUGAUUGAGCGCAAACAGGCCCAGAUCCGCAAGGUCUACCCGGGGCUCAGCUGCUUCAAGGAGGGCGUGAGGCAGAUCCCUGUGGAGAGUGUCCCUGGCAUUCGAGAGACGGGCUGGAAGCCGUUGGGGAAGGAGAAGGGGAAGGAGCUGAAGGACCCCGACCAGCUCUACACAACCCUCAAAAACCUGCUGGCCCAAAUCAAGUCGCACCCCAGUGCCUGGCCCUUCAUGGAGCCUGUGAAGAAGUCGGAGGCCCCUGACUACUACGAGGUCAUCCGCUUCCCCAUUGACCUGAAGACCAUGACUGAGCGGCUGCGAAGCCGCUACUAUGUGACCCGGAAGCUCUUUGUGGCCGACCUGCAGCGGGUCAUCGCCAACUGCCGCGAGUACAACCCCCCGGACAGCGAGUACUGCCGCUGCGCCAGCGCCCUGGAGAAGUUCUUCUACUUCAAGCUCAAGGAGGGAGGGCUCAUUGACAAGUAGGCCCAGCUUUGGGCCACAGCCCUGACCUUGAAUGUCUCCAUCUCGGAUUCUGAUCUGAUCCUUAGGGGAUGCCCUGGCCCCACGGACCCAACUCAGCUUGAGACACUCUAACCAAGGGCCCUCCGGCCCCUGAUCCUGCAUCCCUUUCUGGACCUUCAGGCACCCCCAAGCCUGCAGCUCUGUCCCAGCCUUCACUGUGUGUGAGAGGUCUCCUGGGUUGGGGCCCAGUCCCUCUAGAGUGGCUGGUGGCCAGGGAUGAACCUUGCCCAGCCGUGGUGGCCCCCAGACCUGGUCCCUAAGAGCUUUGGAGGCUUGGAUUCCUGGGCCUGGCCCAGGUGGCUAUUUCCCUGAGGACCAGGACUGCUCAUUUUAGCUUGAGUGAUGGCUUCAGGGGUUGGAAGUUCAGUCCAAACUGGAGGGGGCCAUGCCUUGUCCGGUACUGUACUGUCAGUCUCCCCCGGGGUGGGGGUAUGGGGACCAUUCAUUCCCUGGCAUUAAUCCCUUAGAGGGAACAAUAAAGCUUUUUAUUUCUCUGUG